CUCUCUUCCUCUCUCUUUCUAUCUAUCAAUCUAUCCAUCUCGAGCACACACACAGUGCGAAAAGUGUCAUUUUCUCAUAUUUACAUAUGGGAGCAAGAAAUUAUUUUCAUUCAAUACCUCAAGGUGCUUUUACUCCUCCACUUCUUCUUGCCUCUAUACAUAACGCCAUGUCUGGUACCGCCUAAAAUCUCCUCCAUUCUUCUUCCAACCACACAACUUUCUCCUUUCUAUAAUAUUUAUCAUCCACAAGAAGAAGAAGAAGAAGCCCUACAAACAAGGAGAAAGAGAAGAAGAAGUGCUACAGUCAAGGAGUAGGAGGAGAAGGAUAAGAAGAUUAAGGAGUUAAGAGAAAAUCAGGAAGGAGAGAGAGAGAGAGAGAUCGAAGAAGAAGAAAGAAAGAAAGAAAGAAAAUUAGAAGAAAAAAAGGAAAGAAAAAGAGAGUUCGCGCGAGGGAGAAAGAGAGAGAGAGAGAGAUCCGAGAAACAGCUCAAACAGAACUCAUCCUCUCUACUGCUUUUUUGGCUUUAUCAAACCCAAAUACAAAAAUGGAGCUCUUUCCAGCACAACCAGACCUAUCACUCCAAAUAAGUCCUCCAAACAACACCAAGCCAAGCUCAGCUGGCUGGAGCGCCACAGCAGAAGAUACCAUCAACUUAGGGUUUUGGAGAAGAGCCCUCAAUUCCAACUCCACCGCCACUCCUCUUCCACCAUCCAAUCCCCCCUCCUCAUCUUCCUCCUCCUUCUCCAUCGAUGCUGCCGAUCUCUCCCUCUCAAACCCCUCUUUUCCCCACCACUCUAAUCACCACCUCCACUACCACCACCACCACCAACACCCAACCUUCCUCCAUGAACCCUCACUUCCUCCAAUCAGUGGCAUCCCCGUCUACCACUGCCCCCCUUCCUUUCCUUUCCCUCCUCGCCAUUACCACUCGUACAACUCUCCCUCAACCACGAUGGCGGCUUCCAAUAACCCUUUAGCCGCCUUAUCUAGGUCAGCAGCUUUGUCAUCAUCCUCAAGAUUUCUUCCUCGGUUUCCCACAAAGCGCAGCAUGAGAGCUCCCCGGAUGCGCUGGACCUCCACACUCCACGCCCGCUUUGUCCAUGCCGUCGAGCUCCUCGGUGGCCACGAGAGGGCGACCCCCAAGUCAGUUCUUGAGCUCAUGGAUGUGAAAGAUCUCACCUUGGCUCAUGUGAAAUCCCACUUACAGAUGUAUCGGACUGUGAAAACCACUGAUAAGGCUGCAUCUCCAGGUCAUGAAAAUGAGCCCAUUGAGAUCUUUGAUGACAACUUGCUCGAUUUAAAUAACGUUGUCCGAGGAUCUGAAUCUUCAGUUCAGAAUGGAAGGCCAACAGGACAAAAUGGAAUUCAUUCUUAUGGUUUGUGGAGUAACUCUUCAAGAGGAGGGUUGUUUCAUGAGAAGCAGAAGGAAUCCAGCACAGGAAGCAUGUCUUCCCUUGAGAGUGAGAUGCAAUCAAGAAGCUUUGAGAUGAUAUCAGACUUCAACUCUUCCUGCAUCUCAGACACCAGCUCAAAGAAACCCAAUCUUGAGUUCACCUUAGGGAGGCCUCAUUGAUUAUGAGUUGGAAAUGGUAUAAAAUGAUCAGAACUGAAGAGGUCCCAGCUCAUUCUAUCAGCUUUUGCAUCAAAAGUUGAAGAAAAAGGAUGAACAUGGAAGCCAUUAUUAUAGCUAAAGCAACUGAUCAGAGAGAGGAGAGAGAGAGAAAGGGGAAAAUUAAAUAUUAGCAAAGCAGAACAAAGUUGGAAGUGCCAAAAGGCUAUGUUCUAUGAAUCUGUCUGUUUUUAGAUGCAAAAUGAGAGAGAGAGAGAGAGAGAGAGAGAGAGAGAGAGAGAGAGAGAGAGAGAGAGAGGAGAGUCAGAGAGAGGGUAUCUUCUUUUUCAGUCAAAAAGCACAAAAGUGCUGGGGUCCUUAAUUCUAUUGCAUGUGCACGUGCUUUGCUUUAUAUUUCCCAACAAAGAGUAAAGUAGAGAAGAGAAAGCUUCAAUUGUAUUUUUUCCCCUCUUUAAUUUUUACUAUAAAAAAACCUAUUUAAAUUUGCUUA